AUGUUGUCAAAACAGUUAUGGAGGUCGUUCGCCGCAAGGAACAAAAUCGUAAAUGGCUUAUUUAAACACAAUCAAAAGAAAACCCAGUCAUCAUCGAUAGUCACUCGAAAUGCAUCCAAUAGAAAUUCUGAUAUUGAUGCAGAGUUGAAUAAACCUGUGAAAUAUACAACAAGUCCCGCGAACGAUUGGAAGGCUCAACAUUCUCGAUUAGGAAGCAAGGCCGAAUUUGGUCCAUGGUAUGAACCCCACGCUGUCAGUGCAAGCUUAAUUUUAUUUAUGAUAUAUUUUUUCAUAUUACGUGAAGAAAAUGACCUCGAUUUAUUGCUGGAUAAACCGUUGUCAGAGACAUUAAAAAAGGAAUAA